GCGUUCAGUUAUUUUACUAAGCGAAAAAAAUGCAGCGCCGGUAAAUUUUGCAAUUAUCCAAAAAUUUACAGCAGCAGUUAAUUCAACCCAGUAAUAUAUUUCCCGCUUUUUUUUUUCUUUUUUUUUUUUUCUUCCUUUUUUUUUACCAUUUCGCCAACUGUCGCGAAUUUAACCAGCAGUCGCAACGCGCAGCAUUGUGUAUUCUUACAUUGUCACUCAGUCACUUAGUUACUCAGUUUACUCAGUCACGCAGCAACAUAGCUACAUAGCUUACAUAGCUACUUACUUCCUAGUUACAUUUUUACGUUGCCCAAACAAUCUGCGCAAAAUGGUGAACGUUCCCAAAACGAGGAAAACCUACUGCAGCAACAAAUGCAAGAAGCAUACCAUGCACAAGGUCAGUCAGUACAAAAAGGGAAAGGAACGAUUGUCGGCCUUGGGAAGAAGAAGAUACGACAUGAAGCAGAAGGGUUUCGGAGGCCAAACCAAGCCCGUUUUUAAGAAAAAGGCCAAAACUACCAAAAAGAUUGUUCUCAAAUUGGAAUGCACGAAAUGCAAGAAAAAACGAUUUCAAACCCUGAAGAGAUGCAAAACGUUUGAGAUGGGAGCCGAUAAGAAGAAAAAGGGAGCCGUUUAUUAAGGGCUCCACCCCAUCCCUGUAUAAUGCUGUCUCCUCCAAAGAAGGAGAAAACCCCUUCUUCAUUACUGCUACAAAUCAAAUCGCCCUGUUCGGGAAUUUCAUUCAUUUGGUGGUGGUGCAUCGCAUGUUUGGUGCAUACGGAUGCGCAAGUAUGCCGAUGAGAGUAUGCGCAUAUAUGCACUGUUUAUAUAUAUGUACAUAUUCACGCUGUGCAACGUGUGCGUUCGUGCCCCCUGCAUGCGUGCAGUGAUUAUCAGCACGG